AUGCCGGACCACAAAGAGAACGCCCGAGAAGAGGCAGCGAAUCUUGGUCUCCGGGCGAUACGAGAAAUCGAACAUGUCAAUGGUCGGCUGGCCAAUCUUGAAGGCAUUCUCCAGACGCUGGCCAACCAUCAGAAACAAAAUUCCCCAUGCCCUGCACAGCCGGCCAUUCCUGAGGGACUUUCAACGCCUCAGGAUAGCCAACGUGUGGGAAGCGAACUAGCCUUCACCGGCGACUCAUCGUUCGAUGCCACUUCCAAGCAUUUUACUCAAGCCCUUGAGCACAGCUUGGACAGCUCGUCACAUGCGGCCUUUGUGCGAGAUGUUUCCGACGCAGUGGCAACGUUGAGGAAUACCCUGAAUGAAAAGCCCGCCGCUACUGACGGGACGGUGCCUGUAGACCAGCUGCUGGAAGUUUUCGUCCAUUAUCCUGAGCUAUCAAGACUGGCUCUUCCUCCCCAGGCACCAGUUCUGACCAUGCUAAGAUACACCAAAACACACCCCCAGAGGUUAUUUUGCGAUGUGCCAAUCCUUGACGGCCCAUAUAUCAUUGAGCUAUGUCAGAAAGUGUACUUCCCAACCGAAGAGUAUACGAUUGCAACCUUCCUUACAGUUCACACGUCGCUUUACUACUUGUUCCGCGAUCUCACUCCAGAAGCAGCUCGCGACUUACGCUUCACGCCUCAGGGGAUAGACCAGAUUACAGCGAUGUGUAAGAAGAAUGCCGAAGUAGCCAUGCGAAAUGUUCGACUCUUUAUGGAUGUGAGUUAUGAAAACGCUGAGGCUCUCUUCCUUGCGGCCAUGCUAGCCAUGGAGCAAUCCCGCAACGCGUUCGCUUGGACCCUGAUUACCAAUGCUGCUCGAAUGGUUCAAGAUGCCGGUUAUCACCGCCUCCCACCAUAUUCAGUAGCUCCCGAAGCGGCAAAGAAGAGGCUUCUUUUCUGGAUUGUCUACGCCCUGGAUCGGGGCAUGGCCCUCAACCUGGGCCGCUCACCCAGUCUGCAAGACUGCGACAUCACGGUUGAUAGACCCAAGUUUCCUGAGGAGGUCACCGGCACAUGGGGUGCUCUGUAUGUUAAUUGGAUCGACUUUGCUGAACUUCAAGGACAAAUCUAUGAGAAGCUGUACUGCCCUCGCGCACAAAAGCAACCGAUUGAAAUGAGAGUUCAACAGGCGCGUGAUCUUGCUGGGCGUCUGCUUGCCCUCAGAGACACGGUUCUCGUCAACUCGGAGAAGACUCCCUUCCCCGAAGCCCUAAGCGAAUUGAUGCUCUCGGUUGAUAUUGUCUUGGACGCAACCCUUACUCUCAUUUACCGGGUUAUUCCACCUGCUCCUCUGACUCCCAGUAGAACACCACAUCCUCUCAAGUUCUGCGACGAGGCCCUUCAAAGCGCUCGCAUGGCGCUGAUCAAGCACAACAGAACUUGGGAAAUCAUGAAGCACCGGGCGGGCGAGAAAUGGCGACUUUUCAUAUACUGGACCCUUGUAUGGGUCCCGUUCAUUCCAUUCCUAGUGGUGUUUGGAAAUGUGAUUGCGGACCACGAUGUUGACGAUCUGCGAUUAUUGGAACAAGUCGUCUGCACCUUGCAGGGCGCCGCUCAGGCGAGUGAUGGCGUGAGCAAGCUUUAUCGCGCUUGUACGGUCUUUAGUCAUGUUGCCACCGUCUACCUAGGUAAAGGACAGGGGCAUGCUGACCCGACAAAUCACACCUCAUAUCAAACAGGAGAGUCAGCCCAGCCUGGACAUAACGUAGGCCCAACGCCGACCUACGCUCUUCAACCUGAAACAUCCUUCGGGGCCACGGGUCUCCAGGACAUUCCCUUCUCUCAGCAGGACUGGAACGACAUGUUCGAUGAUUGGGAUUUUGGUCUUGGUGCUGAAAAUGCGAGGGAGAUGUCAACUUUCCUUGAGAGCUCCUUAGCAGGUGCUGACCAGCCAGGUGACAUGCAGAUGGGCAAUGCGUGA